GGUUUAACGUUGAAAUUUUGCGCAUUUAUAACAAUUCACAAACUUCCAAUUAUAAUCUUAAUGGCUUCUUCUGAUAAAACAGAUAAAACAGACCCUAUGUUUAGCAACCGUGCAGCAGCUGCUAACAUGGCCAAUAUAGUUUUAAAUACAAUUACUGAUAUUGUAGCUCUCUAUCUUCCUCUUCUAAGCAAUCUCGGUAAUAAAAUUGAAACGAUAGCUCAAGAUGUAAGCUACAUAAAAGCCCAAAUAAAUAAUCAUUCAAAUGAUGUUUAUGCGAAAAAGAUUGACGAAAGCGAUUUAGAUAAUCCCGCAUAUCCAAAAGAUAGUGGCGUACGUGGUGGUAAAGGUCGUAAAAUAAUGUCUUCUCUUCCUCAACCUACUAAUGUCAGUGGUGUCAAGGCUGACCCUAAAUUUUUGAGAGAUCCUUCUGCAUUGGAAUCAAUUUCGUCAGCUCUAUAUGAGUUGUCUUCUUAUGUAGCUUAUUCUAUUCCAACAUCUCUUACCUCGUUACGUAAGACUACUACAAACCCUACAAAUGACUUUAAAACGCCAAUAAAUUAUCAUAAAGGCCAUUUAUCGCAUCAAUUUGCCGGCGAUAUGGAAUCU